AUGGAGUUUGAGGGUUUAAGGGAAGAGAGAGAACAAAAGCCAUGGCGGGUUCUCGAAUUCUACAGUGGAAUUGGCGGCAUGAGAUAUUCAUUGAUGAAGGCAGGAGUAAACGCAGUAGUUGUGGAAGCAUUCGACAUAAACGACGUUGCAAAUGAUGUUUAUCAGCAUAAUUUUGGCCACCGGCCUUACCAGGGCAACAUUCAAUCUCUAAGUGCUGCUGAUCUUGAUAGUUAUGAGGCCGAGGUGUGGCUUCUAUCUCCGCCUUGUCAACCAUACACUCGACAAGGGCUUCAGAAGGGAUCCAGUGAUGCUCGGGCGUCCUCUUUUCUGAGGAUUUUGGAAUUGAUACCACAAACUUCACAGCCUCUGCUCAUGCUAUUUGUUGAGAAUGUUGUUGGAUUUGAGACAUCUGAUACCCAUAAGAGGAUGGUUAAAAUGUUAGAAGAAAACAAUUUCAUCCUACAAGAAUUUAUUUUGAGCCCAUUGCAGUUUGGCAUACCUUAUUCUCGGCCUCGAUAUUUCUGUUUGGCCAAAAGGAAACCUUUAGCCUUCAAAAAUCCACAAUUCAACAAUCAACUUCUUUGGAGUCCCGGUCCACUGUAUGAACAAGAUGAUCAAAAAAGCGGCAUGGUUGACCAGUCACAUGGAAUUUUUGAUGACUCAAUUAAAGCAUGUAGGCCUAUAGAGGAUUUUCUUGAGGACAAGGUGCCCAGAAACAAGGUUCAUUCAGAUUAUUGUACUUUGCUGGCUAAUAUUUCCGAUUUAUCUGAGCAAACUGAUAAAAGAAAUGGUUGUAGCCAUAGCUCCUUGAACACAUAUCUGGUCCCAUUAAGCUUAGUAGAGAGAUGGGGCAGUGCCAUGGAUAUCGUUUUUCCUGCAUCGAGACGCUGUUGUUGUUUUACGAAAAGCUACUACCGCUUUGUGAAGGGUACUGGUUCCUUGUUGGCAACCAAUCAGGAAAAAACCGAGGAUAAAAUUGUUCCACUGGAGGAACUUGGUCUUAGAUACUUUACCCCUAGGGAGGUUGCAAAUUUGCAUUCCUUUCCAGAGGAUUUCCAAUUUCCAGAGCACAUCAGCCUUCGACAAUGUUAUGCGUUGCUUGGGAAUAGUUUAAGUGUUGGAGUGGUUGCUCCACAAUUGCGCUACCUAUUUUCUCAUCCAACAUGACUGUUAAGUUACAAUCUGCACAUUGAAGCUUCCCUUGAUGAUGAUCGACUGAUUUUCUCACUUGGGAUUUAACAGUAACAUGCUAGCUGUGGAACAAUUCUUCCAGCUACAAGUUGUAUUUACUGAUUCAGAAGUUCAGUCAUUCAUUGCUGUCAGUAACAUGCUUGAUUUUGUUGAUUUAUAUUGUUGUAACAAGUGGAUAGUUCUUUUCUGCUGAUGCAAAAUUUGUAUUUUCUGAUUGCCAAGACCUCAUAUUGUAGUGCUCCGAGCAGAUUGUGGCAAUUUAAGAAGGCCAUCACUGUUUCAUUAGUUAUGUUAUUGUAAAAUUAGAAAUAGCAAAAUUUUGUUGAACCGUUUA